AUGAAUCUUGACCCAUCACUGGGUCAAGUUUCACCAGCAUAUGGGUCAAGAUUCAUAUUUUUGCAUCACCUGAAUUUGAUUACAAAGUGCAACAAAAAAGGUAAAAGACAAUCUUCCCAAUCUAAAGUUGAUCAAGAUAGCAGAAGUACGUCUAUGCGUGAUGAGGAGACUGUGAGUGAUGAGGAGAUGAAUGUUUCUAGCUCAGAGACACCACCUCUGAGGCUACGCGAAAUAACCAUAAUUACACCACAAAAAUCGACUCUUUAUGAGCAUACUGCGAAUUAUUUGUCCAAACAUUUCUCAUUGAGUUUUAAUCAACAGUGCGUUAUAAUGAAAGUAAAUCAAUUCCAUCGGAAAUUCGCGAUUGGCUUAUUUUUAUCCGAAAAGGAUAAAUUCAAGCCUUCUGUUUUAGCCACUUUCAACUCUGAUCACCUAUGUGAGUAUAUUAGAACCUUAUUCUCUUCUUUGACAUUACUGACUAACACGUUAUUUCAACUCAGUUUCUCAAUGUCUAGCGAAGCUUUUCUAAAUCGAAAUAUCGGAAAAGAAAAUACACUGUAG